GAAGAUGCAUUUCAACCAGUGAGUUGGGGUCAAGGCGAGACCGACUUUAUAGUAGACUCACUAGACUCCAUUUGUAGUUUUGUACAGCACCAAAAUAAAAGGCCAACAGAAUGCCAUAGUGCCCAAAGAAGCGACUUUCAGGUUCCCAACAGACAUGGAGGCCAGUUAUCAUCGGAAUUUCCUCUGCUUCAGCUUCAAUUUUAGCUUCACUACUCUCCUCUUCCUGUCGUUCAUCUUUGCCACCUCCUACGCCUCUCUCCUCUCCAACCCACCCCUUCUCGGAAUUCACCCUCUCGAUGAGAAGUACUUUAAGUCAGACGUUAUCAAGUGCAAGGACGGGUCAAAAUCCUUCAGCAGAGACCGUGUCAAUGACGAUUUCUGUGACUGCGUUGACGGGACUGAUGAGCCAGGAACUUCAGCCUGUCCGGCAGGGAAAUUUUAUUGUAGGAAUGUAGGAAGUACACCUCAGUUUAUAUUUUCUUCUCGCGUUAAUGAUCGAUUUUGUGAUUGCUGUGAUGGAAGUGAUGAAUACGAUGGCAGCAUCAGUUGUCCCAAGACAUGCAUCAUGGGUGGGAAUAUUGACUACAAGACUGGCAGUUAUGUCUCAACUGUCCGUGAUACAGGCUCCAUUGAUGCAAAAGAAACCAAAAAUGGAGCUAAUUUGGAGGACUUGAUUGAAAAGCUUAAAGGUCUGAAGGUAAUAAUAGUCGUACAGGUGAUUCUUGUUGGUGGUGUGGUGGUUUACAUUUACCGGAUAGUCAAUCGCCGUGUCAGAUCUAAAAGAAGACGUUAUCGUUGAAGAAAUCUACCACCCACAGUGUAGCUGACUAUUUUAUUUUGGCUUUCAGCGCAUUGAUUGCUUUCUUGUGGGGGUGCUUUCUUCCAGAUUUGACUAUUUCCAAGCCUGACAGGCUUUAGUCUUGAUUUCAAAGUCUUGUUGCAUCAGUACAAGUAUUUGCUGCUGGGCAAGGAACAAAAUAGUGGACUGAUAUCUAUCUGCUGCAGUGCUCAAAUAUUGGAAGUUAUGAAAGGCUUUGACAUAAAGGAAAUGGAACAGAUUUUGAGCUCGGUUUCAUGGAUAGUCUACACAAAGUAAGACAAAUACUUGCUGCCUCACUUCGAAGACUUUCAGUGAAAUACAAUACAGAGGGGAAUUUGUUAUACUUGUUACCCUGUAAAAGUAAAAUUUCUUACAAUCAAGUGCAUGAUUGUUCUUUUUGAUGUUCACUUGAACAUAAUAUUUCAUAGGUCCAAAUGAAUGAUAUACACAGGAUGGUGCUUCCUGCAAAUCCGCUUGUGCUUUGAGUAGUCUCAGAAGAUGUGGAUGUAUACAGCAAAUUGUGCCCCACAAUCCCCCAAAAUCAUGCAUAUCCUAGUAUUUGGUCUUCCCAAUAGGGUCAUUAUAACAUUAGUCUUCAGAGUGCUCUCUUUACUAGUAUAUAAUUGAAAUGAUUUCAAAGACUUUUCAGGGUCUGCUACUGAGCUAUUGGGAAGCUGCUAACCAACAAUCAGCAUUUAGCUCAAACUGAAACAUGAUAUCUUGUAUUCUUGAUUGUAACAGGUCUAAUGGUAAUCUAAGAUUUAUGCUUUCUUUGUAAUUGUUCAGUUUUAAUGGGCUUUCCGUUAUGACUGUUUUAGUUUCUCUUUUGAACUGUUGUAUGGAGAUUAGGGGGGAGUA